AUGCUCCCAAUCCACAACUCGCUCGCCGAGUACGUCGACUUCCACCAGUUCAAGUCGCUCGUGGCGGCGUACAACGACAACGGCGGGCUCGUGCCGCCCGUGUCGCGCUGGGCGGCGUCCGAGGUCGUCGAGCUCGCGCGGCUCGUCGGCGCGAGCCACCAGAGCUCGAGCGAGCAACGGUACGAGGUCGAGCUGCUCAAGUACCGCGUGCUGCAGGCGCAGGGUGUCUCCCCCGCCCCCGCGCUGCUGUCCCCCGCCUCGCUCGCCUCGUCGCCAGUCAUCAUCCCCGCGCCGCUGCUCGCCUCGCCCUCGCCAGCAGCCCUGGCGCCAACACCAACGCCGACGACGCUCCCGUCGCCCGCCCAAAGCCCAGUAGACAGCUUGGUCGAGUCGGCCGCGCCCUCGCCCUCGUCGCCCGACCUGCUCGCCGCGGCCGUCAUCACGACCGCACAGCUCAAGGCGUCCAAUGCCGAGCUGGCGAGCAUCAAGCUCGAGAUCGAGACGGUCAGGCGGCAGCUCACGGCGCUGAGGAUGCAGGUUGCUGAUGCCGCGGCGCGCGACGACGCACGCUGGAACCGCGAACGCAACGCAAUGUUCUGGGCAAUGGCGGGGUACGACUGGCUCCCCGUCGCGAGCCUGCAAGGCCCCAUCCCGUCCAAUCUGCCGCCCAUCACGUCCCUCGCAGCCUUCAACACGCUCGACCGCCCCUCGCUCGUCGCAUGGGCACGGUACUACUCUGGCGCGGCGCACGCGCGCCUCAUCGACCGCGUGGCGCUGCAUUCCGAGCGCGACGACGCCUUCCUCCGCCGCUUGGUGGGUAUCGGCAUCGGCGUGGCCCUCGGCGAUCCCGGCGCGGGGGACGCAGGCCUCGUCUUUCCCCUGUGGUGGUGGCACGUAUAA